UUGACAUUAGACGUUGUUUUGUUGUUGGUUUAACAAUAAAUAAUCUAAUUGGCUAGUUUACCUGCAAGGUUUCUAUUGUUAAUUGAAGUCCACCUAUACAAAAGAAUUCAAACAAAAUAACCAAAUUCAAGGCCGUUGAGAAUUCGGACGUCUCAUAAUUUGUUUGUGUGGUUGUGGUCAAUGACCGCAUGAAAGAUUUGACGAAUAGACAUGCAGAAGAUUCUGAAUCGUACAGGUUUUGACAGGUAUUUUUGACGUGAUUGUGUUUAGAGUAGUGUCGUUUUGUGUUUGUGAUAUCGCCAUUAUUUUCGAUAUCUAUUCUGAUUCAUCAACGUUUUUUUCUUUAUUCAUUACGGAAAAAAUACUCUCAUUAAUGCUGCCCCGAUGGCAAUCUUCACAAAUGUGGUACAAGAGUUUCGAGAAGAAAUUGAAGCUAACCUGACCCUAGAUGAUGUCAUUGAUACUUUAAUUGCACAGAAGAUCAUUGAUGAAAAACUCUACAUUGAAAUUUGGGGUAACCAACAUAAUCGUGUUAAGUACUUAUUAGAUAUCAUCAUAAAAGAUGGAAAGCGGUGUUCUACAUUCAUUCAUAUUUUGGGAACUGUGGCCCGCAUGAAACAAAUUUCUGAAUCAAUUAUAGCCAGUAUCGAAAAAAUACGAAAAGUUAUUGUUACUGGCGGUUUUCCGGAAUUUUCCUUGAAUUAUGUUGUGAGAAAUUCAGUGGAAUGGAUCAAAGUGGCAAAUACUAUCAAGGAUAGAGCCCUCGACCUCGACCCUAAACUUUGUGGUACUUUGGUGGUGCAUGGUUUACCAGGUUUUGGUAAAUCAUGUUUAGUAAAUCAAGUUUUACAAACUAAACGUUUUUUGGAAGUGUCUGGAAAUGCUAUGUUUUGGAUUAAUUUAGGGGAAUAUUCAGACACCAGUGCCAUUAUUCAUCCCUUAUGGAACUUGUAUUUGACUGCUGUUAAGCUUACUGAUUAUGUAGCUUUAAGCCAUAGACCAGAUGACAUCAUUAUUUUGCAAAAUGAACUUAAAACAUUGUUUUUGCACGAAAAUUUAGCUAAUUCGUAUAUCAUUCUGGAUGAUGUCAAGUCGUCGGAGGUUUUAAAUGCUUUUAAAUUAAGUUGCAAAACUAUUGUGACUACACAAGAUAAAAAUGUUGCCAACAAUUCGGAAGCAUUCUUUAUCAAGGUUACGACAGGUUUUACUAAAAAAGAAUCAAUCGAAUUGCUUCGAAAAUCACUGGAAACUGACAAUCUUGCAAAUAGGGAAAAUCUAGCGAAUAGAAUACACGAGUUGUGUGAUGGUUGCCCCAUGUUGUUAAAUAUCAUAGGUUCAAUUUUAAAAGAUAGUCGCGAAGAAGCCUUAUCUACUGACAUAAUUUGGAAAUCACUGAUAGAUGAAAUUAUCAGAAACGAUUACUUGCAACACCCCACAACAAUGAAAGUGAUUCACAUGAUCCAAAGAUUUGUUACCUGCUUAGACACAGAAGUUCAAAAAUGUUUCCAUAGCUUGGCUGUUUUUCCCAAACACGUAAACAUUAGACCGGAAAUACUCAUGAAACUGUGGGACAAGACGUACUAUGCAGUGAGACAAAUAAUGGUAGAGUUAGAAAACAAAUCUCUCAUUGUUUCCUUUUACAACAAAGAUCUCAAAUCGUAUAUAUACAGUAUCCAUAGUUUAGUACGCACGUAUUUAGUUGAAAAAGCAAAUGUCGACAUUAAAUAUUAUCACGAAAAAUUGAUCUCACAAUGUGAUGAAAUCAUCACCAAAUCACCAUCAGAUGACCCCAUCGCUAACUACAUUUUUGGCUAUUACGGGUAUCAUGCCAAAAAUGCAGAACUCUAUAACAAAUUCGAGAAAUAUUUCGAUCUAAGAUUCAUCGAGAAUAAAAUAAAACGGGUCGGAUCGGCUGAUCUCUUGACGGAUUUUGAAGUCUAUAGGGAUUUUAUCACAAAAAAGGAAUCUCGAUUGGAACGUAAACUGAAAGAUUACAUAAAAUUCGUUCACUCAUAUAGCGCCCACUUACACAUCUCUCCCGAGACAAAUAUUGUUCAAUUUGCGUUUUUUAAUGACAACAAUUACGUAUAUGAAGAUGCAAAAAAUAUCGCCAGCAACAAUCCCGAUCAAUUGUAUUUCAAAUUGGAGCCUUAUUCUGGUGGACAUAAGAAUUUUCCAGUAUUGAAAACUAAAACUGUAGCAACUGCCACUUGUUUUGUGGACUCGAAAGAAGUGCUCGUGGGCACAGCUAGUGGCAGCAUCGAAGUAAAGUCUUUCCGCCAAUAUCAGCACAAAGUUCACCGCUUUGAAGGCCACUCCGACCAAAUCUUCAGUUUGCAAAUAAGUCCCGACUCAAAAAGCUUCCUCUCCAUUUCGGUUGACCACAGUGCCAAACUAUGGCGAUUUGUCGAAGAACUCGACCCCCAAUCGCCUAAACUGAAACAAACCAAUUGGAAGAAUUUACACUCCCCUGAUGAAAACGCAAUCCCCCACAAAACCUUUAAAAUUCAAGAUGGUGAUUAUAUAACUUCUGCGGCUUUCCCUUAUGACACCUGUGAUGAGAUAAUCACGGCUUCGAAUAAAGGAAAAAUUAUGAGAUGGAAUGUGAGAACUGCGUCCAUUGUGAGGGAAUCAUCAGCUUUAGGAUUGCCAAUUUCGAGGAUUUGCUAUGUGCAUGAUAGUGAACAAGUGAUUUUUGCAUAUGAUGGCAAGGUUUAUUGUUAUGCCAGAGGGAAUUUGGUUUAUAAUGGACAGUUUGGGAUUUUGGAUGAUAUCACUGAUUUGGUCCUGAUUCCCAUUGUUUCGGAGUAUAGAGAAGUUGCUGUGAUUAGUGGAAGGAAGCUUGAAAUCUGGGAGUAUGUGAAAAAGAUCAAGAGGUUUAGUUUUGAAACUCAAUCUAAUAUCACGUCCACUGUAAUCAACGACGAAUAUUUAGUGUUGGGCACAGCUGACUACAUUUACUUCUACGAUUAUAGAUGUCAGAAAUUGCAUCAGUAUAAGAACGAUUACGGGAAACCCACCUCACUUUUCAUCCUUCGUGAAAGCGUCGCUUUCAUUUGUCUCGAUAAGGAAAGUGUUCAACGAUGCGAAUUGUACUUCGAACCCUGUAGCAAACCUUUAGUCAGAAAUCUAGCUCUCUUCAAUUGCUACUGGAAAGAGUCUCAACCGAUUUAUUUCAUCGUCAAUAGUGAAAAUAAAAUUGAUAUAUUCUAUGGUCAUUCGACAAUCUUGGCAGGAAUUGAUGAAAUUACCGAUAAAAUAAAAUGUUGUUCAUUUUCCCUGUGUGGAAAUUUCUUGAUUUUGGGGACGGAGUCGGGAAAGUUGUACUUUUAUAAUUACAAGAAGAAGAAAGUGAAUUGUUUGAAAAUUUGCGAUGAUGAAAUAAAAUUCAUCAAAUGUUUCGAUGUUGAUCAUGUUGACGAUGACAGUGUUAGUGUUUAUGGAAUGGUUGUGGUUGCUUCUAGUUCAAAAGUCGUGAUAAUAGUUGAUAAUAGAGUGAAAUUAGAGCUUGAUAUUAUGGAUGAAUUGACUGACUUGUUGUACCUUCGGAAUCGAUUGCUUGCUUUUGAUGUCAAAGGGAGAUUUUCAAUCGCCACCGUAAGUGACGACCAGUGUUUGGGUUGGAUUUCUACGAAAUAUAAAGACGUGAUUGUCGCUACGAUUCAUAAAGGAAAAAAUCUACUAGCUAUUGCUUGUAAUGAAGGAAAUGGUCACAUUUUGCGAGUCCUUACAUUCAUUUCUGAUAAUCCUUUGACUCUGGAUUGUUUAUUUGAGACUAAAUUGAACGUGACUCCAACUUGUAUGAGUCUAAAUUCCAAUGGUAAAUUCAUCUCAGUUGGUGGUGACAGUGGUGAUAUAGAGGUCUUUUCCAUCGAAAAUAAACAAAAAGAUUUGUUGCUUUUGCAUAAAAAGUCAGUAGAACAGCUGGUUUUCGCUCCUAAUUUUGAAUCGAUUCUUGUGAGUCUUGGAGAUCAAAUCGCGUGGUGGAAUCUGAGUGAUUUUGGAAAGAAAAGUGAGAAAAUGAAUGGAAAUUCUGACCAUUCCCAUCAGUCUUUGGUGUUCAAUUUUGAUCCAUGGCAAGACAAAAAACUUCAUGACACAGUGCCUUACUUGCUCACUAGUACAAAUUUACACGGAAAGAGAUUGCAGUAUAUUUCUGCUUCUAAAGAUUUUCGAUCAUUUUUGAUAAUCGACAUCGAUGGUAAUAUCUUUAAAAUGGAUAUUAUCGACUCUUGACGAAUAUGCUGCCAACGAAUUGUAUUUAGUGAUAUAUUGAAAAUUGCUCAAAAGUGAUUAAGUAGUAAUUAAGUAGUAAAAUUUCUAAGCUGAGAGUGAAUCUGUAUCUUGUACAUUUUUAUUAGUUAUGUUUUCUACUAGUUUUUGUUUGAUCAUUAUUGUGUCAGUUUUUAAGUUAAAAAUAGUUUUGUAUGUGAGUACUGUUGUCAAUUUCUUAAAUAUUUUAAAAAUAAGUGACUAAAAAUAUUGAAUGAUACAUUCUCAGCUUUGGUGUGCAAUUUUCUUACUUUUGUCAUUGUUUAUUGUGACUGUUUUUUAUUUAUAAAUUAUUUUUUAUAUAAAUUAUUUACACUAUUUUGGAUCUUAAGUCUUAUAUAAUUUUUUAUAUAUGUUUUGUGUCGAAAUUCCUAAGAACAAGACUUAUUACGUAUUGUAUAAUUCUGAUUAAUUAAGAAAUAGUAAUGUAGGUAACUGUUUUGUAUGAUACGUACAUGUAUGCAUUUUUAAUCACAUUUUGUUCAGUUCUAAACGCCAAUUAUAAUGGAAUUAAUUACUUUUCAAUGUACAUAAAUUCCAAUAAAGGUGUUACCGUAGUGUAGAAGUAAUCACUAUUUUAAGAAUCCAUUGUUGUCGCAAUCAUGCACAAAUAUUAUUUUUCUAGUCUACCAUUUAUGUUACAUGUGCUAUAUUAUAAAUAAAAAAAUGCAGACACAA